UCGAAAACCCGCCGCGUUACUUGUAAAAGUUGUGUUCAAUUUGAUGCGAAGAGUGAAGAGCUAAAGGAGCUUUUGGGGCAAGACGGAGGCAAAGGAAUUGUCGCGAUCGUCGGCAUCCUUCUUGAGAUGGCUCCCGAUUCGCGACAUUACGGUUUUGCUGCAUCGGAAGAAGAUUUGGAGCUAAGCCAGGAGAAAGUAACCUACAACCAACCUCUCAAGUGGCAAAACAUCGCCAGCCUUUUACUGAUCCACCUUUGGGGCGCUUACGGACUCAUCUACACCUUGCCAGUCAUCAAACUAUGGGCUUUUGUUUUCAUAACGACUUACGGAUGGGCCGGAGCGCUGGGAACGACGGCAGGCGCGCACAGACUUUGGUCGCACCGCUCGUACAAAGCCAAGUGGCCCCUCAGAGUGAUUUUGGCGGUGUUUUUCGCCAUUGCAGGAAUGAGUAGAAUUUACGAUUGGGUGCGGGACCAUCGAGUGCACCACAAGUUCGUCGACACCGCCGCCGACCCGCACAACAUCAACCGCGGCUUCUUUUUUGCCCACUGCGGUUGGAUCAUGAAAGCAAAACACCCUCUUGUCAUCAAGAACGGCAGGAAACUGAGUCUGGACGACAUCAAGAGAGACCCAAUUGCAUGCUGGAGCGACGACCACUUCAUUUUGAUGAAGACGCUCUUUUGCUUUGUCGUGCCGAUUCUUGUGCUCAAAAUCGCGUUUGGUGAGCCUUGGUGGCUUUGCUUCGGCGCCAACAUGUCCAGGUACAUGAUCGGCCUGAAUGGCUACUGGGUGGUCAACAGCGUGGCCCACUACUGGGGGAGCCACCCUUAUGACAGGAAAAUUAAGCCGACGGAAAACGUGUUUGUGACGAUUUACGCGUUCGGCGAGGGUUGGCACAACUUCCACCACGUUUUCCCCUGGGACUACAGUUCGUCAGAGUACGGACCCAAGAAGAACAACAUGACGACGCUGUUUAUCAAUUUCUUUGCCUUGAUCGGCUGGGCCACAGACUGCAAAACUGUCACAAAGGAAAUGGCUAAAAGACGAGCCAUUUCUUCUGGCGACGGAACUUACAAUUCGGAGGAGGAAUUGCAUUGAUAGAAUUGUUAAUUUCAAAUAUAAUUUAAUAAUAAAGUUAUUUAA